AUGCGACCAAAGUCGAGUUUAAUUUGGACAUUUUUUUAUCAAGUUAAUAUAGAUCAUGCAAAAUGUAAACAGUGUGAUCAAAACUUUUCCCGGAAAGGAGGUGGCACUACUUCACUAAAACUUCAUCUCAAAUCAAAACACAGUGAUAAGUACAAAGAACUUUUAUUGCUGGAACAAAAUAGGCAACAAAAACCACAAACAUCCAAACAGCUGACACCUUUACAAAAGUGUCAAAAACAGUUAUUAUUAACAGAUUCUUUAAAAAAUAAUAGUACCUGGGAUGAUAGUAAUGUCAAACAAAAAGAAAUGGAUAGAUUGGUGGCCGAAAUGAUUUCAUUACAAAACUUGCCAUUUAGUUUUGGAAGGUGUGGGAUUUCAAAGAGUAAUGCAGGCAGCAUUACCUCGUUAUCAUCUUAG